UAGUUACUGGUGGCACCAACAAAAUCCUAUCUGACAAUUUUACAGCUACUUUAUACUGCUUCUUCCUUUUCAUUCACAUUUUGCUUCUUUGAGCUCUGUUGUAGGACUGAUUGAAUAGGCCCAACCCACUUAAAGUAAAGUCUUCUUGAGUGAAGAGAAGGGAAAACUCAGUGGAACAUCUGUGUAAUAACCACAGUAAGGGCGUGGCUCUCAUUCCUUCCUCUUCUUUCCCAUAAUUUUCUCCUGGUUUCCUAAACACACAGAUCCGUUGUCAGGGUAAAAUGGUUUUACUCUGUGAAAGAUAAAGCAAGUCUCUUUACCUAUUCAUAAGGUUUUAUUUUACACAGAAGGAGGGAUUGGAUGCUACAAGACGAGGCAUGUGGUCGACAUUGUGUUUGUGACGUUGCUGCUGAUGAAUCUGGUUUGGCAGGAUUUCUGAGGCUGAGGGAGGAGACAGGCAGAGCUGGAAGAGCAAGGAACUCCACACUGAAAGUCCAAUAAUGAAAAUGUCUGUGUUUUUCUUCUAACUUGGAGGGAUUAUCACUACUAGUGCCAAGUUUCUUCAGAAGGUUGUUUUCACAGGUGAGGCAGUUGAAGGGAUGAACUGGUCGGGUUUGGAGAACAUCCUCAGUGGGGUGAAUAAAUACUCCACAGCUUUUGGGAGGAUAUGGCUGUCUAUGGUAUUCGUGUUCAGGGUGAUGGUGUUUGUGGUGGCCGCUCAGAGGGUGUGGGGGGACGAGAGCAAGGACUUCGUCUGCAACACGAGACAGCCGGGAUGCACCAACGUGUGCUAUGACCACAUCUUCCCCAUCUCCCACAUCCGUCUAUGGGCCCUGCAGCUCAUCUUCGUCACCUGCCCGUCGCUCAUGGUCAUUGCUCACGUCAAGUUCCGAGAAGGAAAAGAUAUGAAGUAUGUGGCCGAGCACCACGGGUCGCACCUGUAUGCCAAUCCAGGGAAGAAGAGAGGAGGGCUGUGGUGGACUUACCUGGCCAGCCUCAUCUUCAAGGCUGGAUUUGAUAUGUCCUUCCUCUACAUCCUCUAUAGGAUAUACCAUGGAUAUGACCUGCCCAGGCUAUCCAAAUGUGCCCUGGAGCCAUGCCCAAACACUGUAGACUGCUUCAUCAGCCGGCCCACAGAGAAGAAAAUCUUUAUGUUGUUCAUGGUUAUAUCCAGCGCCCUGUGUAUCUUUAUGUGCGUCUGUGAGAUGUUUUAUUUGAUCGGGAAGCGCAUCAGCAAACUCCUCAAGAUUCGCCAUGACAAUCAGAGGCUAAUGUUUGCAGAGCAACACGAGCUGACCACCAUGGCUCCUCCACGGUCCCAGUACAGAAAGACUGACCCCACACUGGGAGACAGCCAGCUGAGCUUAAACAGGAAGGAGAAGAUCAGGGAAGGGUGCACCACGACAACACUAUAGGAGUAAAGAGCUCACAGACUCUAAAACACUGGAUCUUGUUUUGAACAAGAUGAAACAAUUUUCCCACAAGAGUUUUCUAUGGAAAAUACAAUUGCUGGGAACUAUAUCUUUAUCUCAAUUUUGCUGACUAUUUUGGACUCCAUUUUGAAAUCAGGGAUUGUGCUUUUAUCUCAAUGGGAGAUAGAUGGUGUUUAAGAGCGCAUCUUGAUAUGUUUUUUUAUAUUAUGUGUACAUAUUCUAGAGCACUUUCAUUGUUACUCAGACAGAAAUAUAUAAAUAGUUUAUAAAAAAUACGACAAAGCCACAAGAAGACAUGUGAUACGUUUCUGUUUGUGCCAUGAAAUUGUUGUAAUAAGUUGAAAUUGAUGUUGAAAUAAAUGUAUCCUUAGAGAAGGCUGUGUAAUCUGGAUUUAACAGUGAAAGUUGUGACUGAUUUUUGGUGAUUCUUACCAUCCAGCAAUCAUCUUCUCAGAGUCACAUGGAGAUUGUAAUUUCUAAUCUGAUAUGCACAAAAAUCUGCUCAAAUUGUAGUACACGAGUGCCUGAAAUAAGGUGUUCACAAAGUUCAUUACAUUCAGGCUUUUUAUAUCUAUAGACACCGACAAUUGACUUGUUACAAAACAAACCUGGGCACAUAUUUUACCAGUUAACCAAGCCCUAAGGAUGUACUUGUAUGGGUCAUAUUUGGGCACGAGGUGGCGCUGUUUGCCUAUUAACCCGUGGCUGGGAAUUUACAAAACUUCCAAUAUAUUGCAGCGAAAUAUAUGAGGAAAUAAAUUGCAUAAUUACAAGAAUGAACAUGGCUAUUAUAUGUUAUUAGUAUUAGCAGCCUGUGUGAUAUGGAAUAAUGUCACACAUUUUACGUAACCUUAGCCUACCUAGCCAGUAAAGUUAAUUACAAAUGAAGGAUACAGUUUAAAUAUGCAUAUUCUGCCAUUUUUCUAUUAAUUCAUUUUUAUUUUUGUAACAAUUUGUUUACUCCACCAGAUGGCGCCAAACUACAUGGAAUGGUUAAGAAAAAUUACCAUUGUUAGAUGUUUUAGAUUUUAAGAAUCACCUACAUUGUGUAGAUGUGUAGUUUUAAUUAUGCAUUAUUGUGCAAGAAUUAUACCUCGAAGACUGUUAUGUCAGUUUCAGGAUUUAAUGGGCUUCGUUUUUAUGACCCCAUUAACUACCCAUUUAAUGGCAACUAGUUUUAUUUGGACACCAAUCACUAUUAUCAUUACUAUGUAUUAUCGUUCUUAAUAAAGCUUUUUUUUUUUUUUU